AUGGCCGACCACGACAAGCCUCCCGCGUACGGCGGCCCUCCCCCCCAACACCCUCAACAAGCCUACCAGGGCUACUCGUCCCCUCCUCCCCCCGGCGGCCCCGGAGGCUACGGCACCCCACCUCCGGGACAGCACCCGGGCCCUUACUACUCCCCCGGCCCGGAGAUGGGAUACGGCCCACAGGGCGGGCCCUACCCGCCCCCCGGCCAGUACCCCCCGGGACAGUACCCUCCCCAGGCUCACUACGGCCCGCCAGGGGGUCCGCAGGGUCAGUACCCGCCGCAGGGCGGCUACUACCAGGACAACCGCGGCGGUAGCGGUGCCGGAGGCGGCAUCAUGGCUGGCUUGCUCGGUGCUCUCGCGUGCUGUUGCUGUCUUGAUUGCCUGUUCUGA